AUGGACAGGCAAGGUUCGGCCUAUGUGGGCAAGAACCAGUACGGCCUGGGUAAGGUGGUGCCAAUUCACAAGGCCUUCUUCCUGCCCUGGGAGGGAUAUGAGUACUGGUACAAGAGCCACAAGGUCUUGACCAUUAACAAAGAUACCUACACCCAGGAAAUCUCCCACGUGGUGUACGCCAUCAACAAACUGAAGCUGAUGAAUAACCCCCCUGAGACCAUGCAAACGCAUCGGAUGACCAACAACGAUUGCCAGACUGUGCACAAGACGGUGACCACGACCAUAACCAGGAAGAAGGAGAACACCUGGAUCGUCGGCCACUCAUGCAUGGUGGGCACCAAGACGACCACCAUCAGCAUCCCCAUUAUCGUCGAAGGAGAGGUGGAGCUCAGCACUGAGCAGACCAUCCACUAUUCCUGGAGCACCACCAACAUAUUGGAGAAUAGCAACAAGAUUUCUGCGAAUCUGAAUGUCCUUCCCAACCACUCCUGCACGGUCCGUAUGGAGGGCCGCAAGAUGACCGCUGACAUCCCCUACACGGCCCGCCUCAGCCGCACCUACAGGAACGGGGAGACCCACUGGACGUCCAUCUCCGGCAAGUACAAUGGCGUGCAGAUCGGAGAGAUCGAUUCAGUCAUCGACCGCUGCCAGCCGGUGGCAGAUGCCAAGCCCUGCCCCCGAGAGACUCGGAUGUUUUAACCACCUGUAAAAUCUGGAUCUGUCAGAUCCC